AUGGCGUGGGCCGGGGGAGCAGAGCCGCGUGGGGAUGGCCGCGGGGACAAGAGGCCGGCAUGGGACAACAGGUGCCAGUACCUGCUGAGCUGCAUUGGCUUCGCCGUGGGCCUCGGUAACAUCUGGAGGUUCCCGUACCUGUGCCAGACCCACGGCGGAGGGGCCUUCCUCAUCCCCUACCUCAUUGCGCUGGUCCUUGAGGGGAUCCCCAUCUUCUACAUUGAGCUGGCCAUCGGCCAGCGCCUGCAGAGAGGGAGCAUUGGGGUGUGGACGGCCAUCUCGCCCUACCUGGGCGGAGUGGGGCUGGGCUGCCUCACCGUGUCCUUCCUGGUCAGCCUGUACUACAACACGGUCCUCUCGUGGGUGCUGUGGUACCUGCUCAACUCCUUCCAGGACCCGCUGCCCUGGAGCUCCUGCCCGCUGGACAUCAACCACACAGCAUUCGAGGCCGAGUGCCAAGCCAGCAGCACUGUGAGCUACUUCUGGUACCGGCAGACGCUGAACAUCACGGCCGACAUCAGCGACAACGGCUCCAUCCAGUGGAGGCUGCUGGCCUGCUUGGCUGCCUCCUGGGCAGUGGUGUACCUGUGUGUCAUCAGAGGCAUCGAAACCACAGGGAAGGCAAUUUAUUUCACAGCCCUGUUCCCUUACCUGGUCCUGACAAUCUUCCUUAUCCGAGGACUCACCCUGCCUGGGGCGGUCAGAGGGUUAAUCUACCUGUUCACUCCGAAUGUGCGGACUCUCCGGAACCCGCAGGUGUGGCUGGAUGCGGCCACGCAGAUUUUCUUCUCCCUGUCCCUGGCCUUCGGGGGACACAUUGCUUUUGCGAGUUACAACCCGCCCAGGAACAACUGUGAGAAGGACGCGGUGACCAUCGCCCUGGUCAACAGCAUGACUUCCUUGUAUGCGUCCAUUGCCGUGUUCUCGGUUUUGGGAUUCAAGGCAGCCAACGACCACGGGCACUGCCUGGACAGAAACCUCCUUCGCCUCCUCAACGCGUUCGAUCUCCCCGACCAGAGCAUCUCCAGGGACGACUACGCCGCCGUCCUCGCGCACCUGAAUGCCUCCCAGCCCGAGAGCGUGGCCAGGCUCCCCCUGGAGGUCUGCCACCUGGAGGACUUCCUGGAUAAGAGCGCCUCGGGCACCGGCCUGGCCUUCAUCGUCUUCACGGAGGCCGUCCUCCACAUGCCGGGUGCCCCCGGCUGGGCCGUGCUCUUCUUCGGGAUGCUGUUCACCUUGGGCCUGUCGUCCAUGUUUGGGAACAUGGAGGGCAUCAUCACACCACUGCUGGACAUGGGAGUCGUGCGCAGAUCUGUCCCCAAGGAGGUCCUGACCGGCCUGGUCUGCCUGCUCUGCCUCCUCUUGGCCACCGGCUUCGCGCUGCAGUCGGGAAGCUACUGGCUACAGGUGUUCGACAACUACGCGGCUCCCCUGAACCUCAUCAUCUUUGCCUUCUUCGAGGUGGUCGGUGUCGCUUACGUGUACGGGAUGCCCCGGUUCAGCGAUGACAUAGCCUGCAUGACUGGGAGGCGGCCUGGUCUCUACUGGCGGGUGACCUGGAAGGUCAUCAGCCCACUGCUGCUGCUGACCAUCUUCGUGGCCUACAUUGCUGUCCUGGCCUGGACACCGCUGAGCUACAGGGCCUGGGAUCCCCGAUACGCACGGUUCCCGUCAUGGCAGGAGAAGUCGUACCCGGGCUGGGUGCAGGCCACCUGUGUCCUCCUGUGCUUCCUGCCCGCACUGUGGGUCCCGGCUGUGGCACUUGUCCAGCAGCUCGCCAAGCGCAGACAGAAGCAGGACACCUGGCAGGAUGGGUGUCCGAAGCCGCAGGAUGGAGGGGCCAGCUGAGGGUCGGGCUGGGGGUGGCGGGGGGACCGGCCUAUGGGCCUCCUGCUGGCAGAGAGCUGGACCCCAUUACACACUUGCCCAGACCCUGA